GAACUUCACACGCCUUUGUGCUGAGCUAUCCGUGUAGAGACCAUGGAAAGCUCCAAACUGUGGACCAGAGCUGUAGUAUGCGCCGUGUUGCUGUCCGUAGUUAGUGGUGCUGAAACGAAUGAUUCAGACUUGGAGUUGGAACUCGAAACAAGAGCUUUAAUGGACUUCUACCCUAAAGAUCCGAACCUGACCAACGAAAAGCAGCUCCUUGGUGCUUUACAAGAGGUUCUGGAGAAACUUCAGAAAAAAAGAAUUCCACCAUGGGAAAAGAAAUUCGGUCAAGUUCCUACGUGCGACGUCGGGGAACAAUGUGCGGUGCGGAAGGGAGCUCGCAUCGGCAAGAUGUGCGACUGUCCACGCGGGGCGUUCUGCAACUUUUUUCUGCUGAAGUGCUUGUAAAGAAUAUGUGAAGCAAUUUAUUUCAAGUUCGAGGUUUAAUGAGAAAUCGACAUAACAUUACAUUAUCAUUUAUAUGAUUUUUUUCCGAAUACAAAAAUGAA